AUGACUCCAACGAGACUGCAAGAAGCUACAGAGUCUCUGGACACCAUCCGGCACCGGGUCAGCAAUCAACCGCGCUCUUACGAACUGUCACCACAUGACCACUCGCCCAGCAAGGUCACGCCCGCGCAGAAGUCCAGCGUUCACGACGCCAUCGAGGGCGAUCACACUCAGGUUGGAGUUGAGAUUGCUCAAAUUCUUGCGGACAGCCUUGGCGAAGGCCGAAAGACGGUGCCGAGUAGUCGCUUCUCUUCCGCGACCGCGAGACUCCAUGCCCGCUCCGACAAAAGAAGCCGUCACGGAUUGGCCCACGGAAGCAACCUCCGUAUCUGCGCCAUCCGCGGGGGCGAAACGCGCACAUGCAGAAAGCGCACAGGGCACGCGCAAGUAUCCAAGACGCUCGAGGACUAG